AUGUUACGAACGGUCGCUUCUCGCAUCGCUCGUCGCACCGCCGCGUCCGCGUCUUCCUCCUCUGCUUCACCGCGUUGUUUCGCCGCUGCCGCCGCGCAAGGAGACAAGGGCGAUUUGGUGAAGGAUUUCUUCGCCGAUUCGCAAAGAAAAUUUCGCGCGUACGCAGAAAAGUCAAAGACGAAUCCAUUACCUUUAGACGGCGACGACGCUAAAUUGAAAGCGUACGUCGAGAAGAACAAACAGAUCAUGGCAGAGAUUGGUAUUCCGUCUGUGACUGAGCGCAUCGACGAUACGAUCGAUGCGGCUUGGGAGGAAGCGACUUCGGUGAGACAAUAUUUGGAAUACACGAACGAAGUUCGACAAGCGAUGGGUUUGGAAGAUCCCACCGGGGUGUACAAGACGCUCUUCCAAACGUUGGACGACGUGGAGAAGAAAAUAGGCAAGGCGCUCACCUCGAGCGAUCCACAAUAUGCUCAAUUCGAAGACGCCAUUGAUAAGGGUAUGAGCGAACUUCUCGGGAAGAGCUUGGAUGAAUUGGCUGAUGCGGCUGAUAUCGCGGACGCGAAGGAAGAAGCGUCUCGAUUGAAAGCCGAAAUGGAUGCCACGAAAGCGAGAGCGGGUUAA